CACUCCCCGGGAACGAGUUAAGGGGAGCGGCCGCCAUUUUGUUGUGGUCUCGGAGCGGGGCGGACGGUGGUCGGAACCGACUCGUUGUGGCCAAAAGAUUGAUUAGCCGGCCCGUUCUAUUUUACUUCGCGAUUUAGGCGAAAUCGUUUUACGAUCUGCAGCCCGUUUGCGCCGCCGGAGUCGCGCAAACGCUUCCUGUCUGCAUUUUUUUUACGCACCUAUUUUAAGCCGCACCAACCGUCGGGCUGGAGGGGAACGGAAUGCAGAACCACAGCGGCGUGAUCCGUGGGCCGGCGGGCAACAACGACUGUCGAAUAUACGUGGGCAACCUGCCGCCGGACAUCCGCACCAAGGACAUUGAGGAUGUCUUCUAUAAGUACGGCAGCAUCAGGGACAUCGACCUGAAGAACCGCCGCGGCGGCCCGCCCUUCGCCUUCGUCGAGUUCGAGGACCCGAGAGACGCCGAAGAUGCUGUGUAUGGUCGCGAUGGUUAUGAUUACGAUGGCUACCGUCUGCGCGUUGAAUUUCCACGGAGUGGGAGAGGGACUGGAAGAGGGGGUGGUGGUGGUGGAGGUGGUGGUCAAACACCGAGGGGAAGAUAUGGACCCCCCUCCCGGCGCUCAGAAUACAGAGUGGUGGUUUCAGGGCUUCCUCCCAGCGGUAGUUGGCAAGAUUUGAAAGAUCACAUGCGGGAAGCAGGUGAUGUAUGUUACGCUGAUGUUUUUCGUGAUGGGACUGGUGUCGUGGAGUUUGUUCGCAAAGAAGAUAUGAGCUAUGCAGUACGAAAGCUGGAUAACACAAAAUUUCGAUCACAUGAGGGAGAAACAGCAUAUAUCCGUGUGAAAGUUGAUGGUCCAAGAAGUCCAAGCUAUGGAAGAUCUCGUUCACGUAGCCGCAGUCGAACCAGAAGCCGUAGCCGAAGUCGCAGCAGAAGCCGUAGUUACUCUCCCAGACGAAGCAGAGGAUCUCCCCGCUACUCACCCCGUCAUAGCAGAUCGCGCUCUCGUAGCUAGAUUGUAAAUCCAUUGCUGGAAUUUCUUGUAGAACACCACCACUUUUUUCCUUAAAUAGAAUGGAUUCUUUAUUUUUAAAUCCACGUUAACUUGUUUUAUUCAAGUUUAGUACACAAUUUAAAUUGAUACCACACAGAGGGUUGAGUCUCUUUUGUUAACAUUCCCUCGUCAUUGCUGAGGUCUGAUAAUUGUAUAGAUAGAAUAGAUUUGGAGUUUGGGAAGUUUUCAAAAUGGUGUCAACAUGACAUGGAUUAACAGUAAACUGUUGCAGUAAUUUGUUAAUGUUUAUACUUCAUUUGAAUUGAAUAAAUCCUAAUGUAAGAAUUGUAGGAGGCUAUGUAGGUAGGGCUAUUGUGAAACAUGUUUGUGAAAACCUUGUGUUGUACCUUAUCUUACCUUUUCAUGUAUCUUCCUAUAGACAUAUCUCAACUGAGGAUGGAUUAAGCAUUCUUUGGAUUAAAGGAUUGUGGAGCUCAUUUCAGUCAUAUUAGGAAUGUCAAAUCGUGUCUAAUUGGAGGAGGAGGAGGAAUCUGAUCAUUUAUGGAGGCAAUGGUAUGACUCCAAGUGCUAUUGUCACAAUUAAACUUGGCAGUAUUGAAGUUGUGCUUCUCUUUUGUACAAGAGGUUGUAUGAUCCAUAAACUAUGGUGUUACUGUGCCGCGUUACGAAGUUCUGUGCAGCAUCAAUACUGCUGAGCUUGCAUGUUCUGUGUGACUAGUCUGGCAUUGGUUUUCACCAUUUUGAGCAGAAGUCCCAUUAAUUAAAACUUUACAAACUUCUAAAAGAAUUAAAAGUAAAAUGGCUGUCUUUCAGCAGUUUGGUUACCUGGAUCAAAAAUUCAUCAAUUUAGUUUGUAAUGCAGUUAAGUGGUGAAUUACAUGUAUAGUACACUCAAUUACUAGAUUUCACAUGGUAAUUAGAAAUGAAGGUGUUGAUGAAAGUAAAUACUGCACCAGUAAAUUUUGUUCUAACUCAAGUGCGUGUAGUAGAUGCUACCAGGGCUUGAAUUGAAAUCCACUAGUCCAACAUCAUGUCCCUAGUUUCAUUUACAUUCUAAGUAAACCGAGCAGUAUCUAUAGACAUACUUUAAUGUAGCUAAGUAAACUAAGUGUAAGGCUUAUAUCAUGUGCCCAUUCGUGGGCUACGAUGAUGUUGGGUUAGUGAAUACUUAACUACAAUAGUAAGUUGUCAUUUUUAAUGGUAUUGUGAAAUAAAGUUUCUUGUUAAAAUAUGUAACAACUUUCACAUUGACUGUAGGGGUGUGAUGCAGUUUGUGCUGUUCAUCUGUCAAAGCAUCUGUAUAUAUUGACUAGAUGACAGCUAUGACUGUCCCAUCCCAUAUAAACCUUGUUGUUUGUUGUAUCUAACGUUUGCCUCCUUUUUUGGUUUUGCUGGUUAUUAAAGGUUUGGAUUGGAGAGGGCUCAUUGGAUCCCAAUCCUUGGAGCUGGAUCUUUGGAUUCAAUUCAUUGUGAGGAUAGGAUAGGGAGGAUCAUAACAUGGAUUCAUGGAGCGGGAUCAUAUUACCAGGAGCUGUAGGAGUGGAUUCCUGCCCCAAUCAAACCGUGUAUUUGUGGAUUUUUCUUUUGUUGUUUUCUGUUUUUGUUUUUCCCCUCAUACCCACAAUUGGCUAUUCGAAAAGCCCUUCCAUUUUAUUUUUAUCAGUUGGAGUUCAAUGGAUGCCCCGUGGGAUUGGCAGUUUUUUUUUCUUUUGCCUUUUUUCGUAAACGGAAUGAACCCAGGACCAGGAGAGGUACGCUGGAGCAAUCUCCUUGGACGGAUUCGGCAUUCAGGAUUUGGUAACAAUUUAACAAGGGUGAUAUCUAACUUUUUUGUAUCUUAUUAUGGGGUGUUUGUUAAAGAUAUGAAUUGGCUAUGCAUUCUAAAUUUAAGGGAAUAGAUAAAAUUGAUUUAUUUUUGACCCAAAAGGAUUGUCUCAAGCUUUAAUGUUUAACAUCCAUUUUGAUAAUAAAUUACUUUUUAAUUGUAUGUUUGGGUUGAUUAUUUUGUGGACAGAUGUUUGGCUUCCAUUUUGUGUAAUUUGUCAGGAGCCUUAAGUAAUCCCAAAACUGUUCACACCAAAUGCUGUAAAUAAAAUGCAUUUUAUAUAUUCCCAUUCAUUUACAAGUUGUAUAAGCACAUUUAUAAUGCAAAUUCAUAUUCUAAAUUUUGGUUAAUUGACAAGGGUGUAAUGUAUUGGUAUUAAGUUUGUUGUGCUGGAACCUGCCGGUAGUUUCCCAUUUAGCUCUUUAGUUGGGUACAGAAUUGAAAUGAAACAACUAACAGGAAAUCAAGAUAAGCCACAAUAGUGUUGUAAUUCCACCACUAAAUUGUUAACUUUUCGGAGUAAUCAAACGCUUUACAGCUCAAGUAUAUUAGAACUUGAUAAAGCAUUUUCCUACUUCGUCUUAUCAAAAAAAACCGAUCUGUUGCCAGACGGAUGGUGAUUUCUAAAACUAAAGAUGGGGAUGAUCAUUUUAGGAUUAAUUUGGGUUGAUUUUCAGUUUUUAUUUGCUCCAGAAAAUUGUUACUUCUGUUAACAAAGGGAUGGAAAAGUAGAAUGGGAUGUGUUGCCAUUAGUUGUCCCUAAAGCACUUAAUUCAAGUGCAGUAGAGACAUCUUGUGGUUAGCAUCAUUUGUGUAUAUUGUAUGCACUCUCCUUGAGACAUUAGAUAGCACGUACAAGAUGAGUGUAAUGACUAAACACAGUGAGCAAAGAAUGUUGUGAAUUUUAAUAAAGGAUCAACAAAGCCG